AUGGCUAAUGACCUUAUAUCUAUGAAGGGAAACAAGGAAGUGGAAGAGGUUGGCAAUGAGAUAUGUAAGGAAUUAUAUUGGCGAUCAUUCUUUGAAGGUGUUCAGAGUAACAAUGAGCGAUUUGACAACAUUUGUGGAUUCAAGAUGCAUGAUCUAGUGCAUGAUCUAGCUCGGUGUAUGAUGGAAGACGAAGCACGUGUUGUAGAAAUUGAAUGCCCUGUUAAUUUGUCCAGAGCUCGUCAUGUGACAUUUAAUUACUCUAACCAGGCAUUUGACAUGCUUUUUGCUUUUCAGAAAGCAGAAUGCUUGCGUACUUUAAUGUUGUCAAGGCAUGGUCCCUUUAGAAUUGAAGCGUGCAAGUUUCCUUGUCACUUGUAUUUUCCUUCUUUACGAGCUUUUGAUGCAAAAAGUUCUAUGUUGACAUCCGUAUCUUUUGUAAUCAAUACUUCCAAACAUCUUCGGUAUUUGAAUCUUUCAGGUACUUAUAUUAGAAUUCUUCCAGAGUCAAUUUGUUUUUUACGAAGUUUACAGACUUUGGAUGUAAGGUUUUGUCGUAAUCUUCAAAAGCUACCCAAGCAUAUGAGUCGCUUAAGGAGUCUUCGUCAUCUUCAUAUUUUAGGUUGUUCUUCGUUGCGUCACAUGCCUCCUAGCAUUGGGAAACUAACUUGCUUAAGAACUUUAAGCAUUUUUAUUAUGGGUAGGAGAAGAGGAUAUGAUGUAGAUGAAUUGGGAAGUUUAAACCUUCAUGGUAAUUUAGGGAUCAAAAACCUUGAGGAAGUGAAAAGUCCAGUGGAAGCCAAAAAAGCCAAUCUAGAUGGAAAAAUGACUCUUAAAAGGUUGGAAUUGUCAUGGGACAGAAAUGAAAAGUCUCAAGUGAUCAUAGAGCAUUAUGUAGAUAAUGAAUCUUAUGGUGGAGAGCUAGAGGGAGGUUUCUUGCACUUACAAAGUCUAUUUAUUACUGACUUACCAAAUUUAGAAAGGUUGUCCAAGGAGGAAAGAAGGAUGGACUUUUCAUGCCUAUCUUAUUUGCACAUUGAGAAAUGCCCUAAAUUGACAUUACAUUGUCUUCGGUCAAUCAAAGAAUUGAUAAUAAGGGGAUGCAGUGAGGCACUGUUAAAAACAGUUUCAAAUCUGCAUACUCUAACAUCACUUGAAAUAUGUGACAAUGAGAAUUUGGCAUCCUUUCCUGAUGGGAUCCUACAAAAUCUUACCACUUUCCAAUCACUUAAAAUUGAAAGAUUCAACAAGCUUCAACUUUUGCAAUCUGAUAUGCUAAUUGGGCUAAGUUCUUUGGAAGGUUUAUCUAUUACUUCUUGCCAUAUGCUCGAGUGCUUUCCAGUGGAAAUAUUUCGAGGCUCAUAUAGUGUUAAAAGUAUAUAUAUUGAAGAUUGUAUCAAGUUCAAAAGUUUAUCCGCUAGUUUUGGAGACCUUACUGCCCUUGUGUCUUUGCAACUUAUUGGUUGUCCAGAGUUGGAGGCUUUCCCAAAUGAUCUUAACAAUCUUUCUCGCCUCGAAAAUCUGAUGCUAUCAGGGUACACCUAUCAAGGUGACGGUUCAUAA